CAACAACCCAGCUAUUAAGCGCCUGCAGACUAUCCCAUCGACUCCGUCGUCCCUCGCGCCUCUGCCCGCCUUCGGAAGCUUCUCACGAGCACCAGCUGCGACUUUUCUUUUCGAACCUUUUAAACAACCGCUUCUUAGCUCAUCCCCCAUCGUCACAAUGGCCACCGAACUUUGCCCCGUCUACGCGCCCUUCUUUGGUGCCAUGGGUUGCACCUGUGCCAUCGUCUUUACCUGCCUGGGCGCCUCUUACGGCACCGCCAAGUCUGGUGUUGGUAUCGCCGCUAUGGGUGUUCUCCGCCCUGAUCUGAUUGUCAAGAACAUUGUACCCGUCAUUAUGGCUGGUAUCAUUGGUAUCUACGGUCUGGUCGUCUCUGUUCUCAUCUCCGAUGGUCUGCGACAAGACCUUCCUCUCUACACUGGUUUCAUCCAAUUCGGUGCCGGUCUCUCUGUCGGUCUCGCUGGUCUUGCUGCUGGUUUUGCCAUUGGUAUUGUUGGUGAUGCCGGUGUCCGAGGAACUGCUCAACAACCUCGUCUUUUCGUCGGAAUGAUUCUGAUUCUUAUUUUCGCCGAAGUCUUGGGUCUGUACGGUCUUAUCGUCGCUCUUCUGAUGAACUCAAAGGCCAGCCAAGAUGCUGUCUGCGCAUAAGCAACUGGCGCGCCCGUGGCCUCUUGAAAAAGCUUGUCAACUUUGUCUUUUUAAAAGUCGCCACUUCUGAUACGAAAUAUGGAUAUCUGGGCAGCAUUGCAAUAUCAUAGCCCGGACGGUGCUGAAUGGAGCUCGUGUGUUGGAAUUGGCGAAUCUCGGCAUGACUCUCAGUGCGAGUCGCGUAAUGGAUCAAAUCAGUAGGAAGAGGUUUAUAUAUGUACACUAGUGACAGGGUGUGUUUGCUCUUGAUGCGAGUUUCUCUUCAUAGACGGUGAAGGUGAAGGAUCUAGUGUAAGCGGAUGGUCAAUUUUAUCUGUCAUUGUUUUUUCUUUACUCCUUCACAGUUAACAGCUGAGCCGGCAGUUUCUAGCCGAAAGCAACUUUGUAUUUUUACAACCACAUGUGGAAAAUGACCCUUCACUUUGACGAGU